CUCUUUUUCUUUUUCCUUACCCUCUCCAUUUCUCCCUCUUUCUGUCAUUUCCAGGUUGUCACUUGGUUACUGCAGACACUAUGCUGUCUCUCAGCUCACUUCCCAGCACUGUUGUCCCCAGCCUUCCCUUCUCGCCAGGGAGAUUUGCUAAUGGUGGACAGUGGGCGGGGUGCUCCAGCCAGCAGGUGGUGCUGUUCCAGACCCUGCAGGAGGCCCUGAGGGAGAUUGACCUGCCUGAAACACAGGACCUGCCACAGGGUGUGAGUCACUCUCAGCUGUGUAUUUGUGUUUUGGGAUCUCCUCUCCCCUACCUCUCUCUGCUUCUGGAGGCAGGGCAACGGAGCCCAGGAGAUGCUCUCCUGUGUCUCUCACCAUCCUGGCUCUCUCGGUCCUCUUCCUCCCUCCUGGUCCACAAGGCUGUCAUGUUUGACCUGGGUGGGCGUACUUUUCUGUCCACCUUCAACCCCCCUCGCAGGGUCACCUACUUCUUGUCAUGUGAUCCUUGGACUAAGGAAGAAGUGUCCCUCGGAACAGACUGCCCGAGCGGAGGUUCUGGACCACUGGGUCAGUUCUGGGAAGAUGUUCUGAACACCAGGGUUCUGCUGCAGAAGGCCAAGAUCCACUGUCCCCCAACCCUGGCCCUCCUUUUGCCCAAAGGGCAGAUGGGGCUGGGUGAGGGUCGCACAGGAGGGGUUAAGGUGAUGCACCUGGAAAUGGGGGUGGAAGAAUGGGAGAACUCCACCCAAAACGAGGUGGAUGCCUUUCUGGAGUCAGAGGGCGUGCGAGGAUCUGAGAGGGUGGUGCUCAGGUGCAGCGGUGGGAGGUUUGUGGGCGAGGCCACUUCCCCACCUGUCUACCUGUCCAGGGACAAGGACGAGGUCUGGGCCAAGGUGAGUUACCUCCUUCCCCAGCUCCUCCCUGGAGAGGCAGUGCUACUGGAGGCCUACUGCUCCCCACUGAAACCUGGGCUGCGGGUGGAGGACCGCACCUGGGAACAGUACACUGACUGCAGGGCUCAGGUUGCAGACCUGUCCUUCAGACUGUGUGCCAUCGUAACUCGCUCCCCUCAAGACCUGCCUCUCCUCUACAAGUUGGUGUGUAGAGUGGGUGUGUCUGCCACCCCUCUCUCUCACUGCCACUCCCUCUGUCAGUCUUUGGAAACAACCCUAUUGGAGUGUGGUUUCACUGACCCUGCCAUGGCGACAUCUCUCCGUCGCCUAGCAACGGACACCACCCUGUCCUGCUUUCGUGUUGUCAUGGAAACGGAGUCAAGCAUGACUGCAGAUGACCGUGGCGGAGCAGGCGGCCAGACUGACAUGAUAGGUGUGGAUCUCCUAUUCACCAUGGACGGCUCCAGUAUUACGACUGUGGUUUUGGGCUUCCACUCUUCCCUCUGUCUCCAUUCGUCCCUCCUGGAGCAGGGGAUUGGGAUGGAGUCGUGUGACAGUGGGAUAGAAGGGUGGAAUCGGGGUACCCUGCUCCUCACCCCUCUCACCCGCUCCCAGUGCUACCUGAUGCAGGGGAAGACUAUUCUGGUUGUAGGAGCUGGUGGACACAGUAAGAAGUUCAUCUGGAAAGCAGUCAAACACUAUCAACUCAAGAUCCUGCUGGUGGACAGUGACCCCGCCCACUUUGCCUUCCAGUUGGUUGACCACUUCCUUGCCCUGCCAGACCUCACCGACCAUCGUCGUGACGAACAGCACUGCUCCAGCAUCUGUGAUUGGCUGUCGUCCUCCGGCCUCCACCCCGACGGCUGCGUGUGUUUCUGGGACGACUGCGUGGUGCUGGCGUCGAUCGUCUGUGAUAGGCUGGGGCUCAGAGGCCCUCCCACCGAGGCCAUACGCAUCGCAAAGGAGAAGAGCCGCACCCACAGGCACCUACUGGGGCUGCUUAGGUCAACGAGGACUAACCUCAUUAGUGUUGAACAGCCCUCCGGUCAGGCGGAUGGCCUGGUUGAGUUCAGAGACUGUGAGAGGAGAGAAAGACAGCAGAACGGCAUGGUCAACAUGGAAGGAGACAGCAUGCGAGCUAUGGCAGAUUUUGACCGAGGGGAUCUCUUCAGCGAGGUGAUUGGAAAACCCAAGGCCGCCAGUCCUCCCUCUCCUUUCACCUCACACUCUUCUUCCUUCUCGCAGUCUUUUGGCACUUUCCAACCCACCGCUCCUCUCCUCUCUCCAUCCCCAUCCUCCUACGCGGUCCCCUGUAUCCACGUAGAGAGCUCCCUGGAUCUGGAGAAGGCCACCAGAGGCGGGGCGGGCGGUGCUGGUGGGUUCGGUGUGGGCGUGGUGAGAUUCCCCGCCAUCAUGAAGCUGGAGUACGGGGCGGGUGCUGUGGGCGUGAGGAAGGUGGGCUCCCUGGAAGAAAGCCUGGCCCACUUUGAGAGGAUCGGAGGGGACCUCCGGGAGGAGACGGAUUACCCCGGCAUCGGCCUGUGCUGGGGCAACGCCAUGACCCUUAUGGAGUACGUUGGCGGCACGGAGCACGAUGUGGACUUGGUCCUGUUCGAGGGGCGACUGGAGGGCGCGUUUGUUUCCGACAACGGCCCCACGCGUGCCCCGGCCUUCACGGAGACGGCCGCCCAGAUGCCCUCGGGGCUGGCAGCGGACAAGCGCGUCCAGCUGAUCCACGCGGCAUACCACGCUUGCUUGGGGUGCAGCCUUCGGGAUGGAGUGUUCAACGUGGAGAUGAAGAUGACAGAAGUGGGACCAAAGCUCAUUGAGAUCAACGCCCGCAUGGGCGGCUUCUAUCUGCGCGACUGGAUCUUGGAGCUCUACGGUGUGGACAUCCUGAUGUCUGCCUUCAUGGUGUCCUGUGGAAUUCGACCCUGCCUGCCUUCGGCCACCUCCCUCCCAGCCAGGGGGCACUUUGCUGGGGUGAUGGUGGUGGUGUCACAGCACCUCCAGGCCCUGAGGGACACAGCCACUCCUGAGCGUCUGAGAAGGCUGCACAACGAGGGGACUUUGAGGCUGAAUGAGCUGGCUGACGAGGAUGAACUGAUCUCUGGGGAAUACGAGGAGCCCUUCUGUAAUAUCGGGAUAAGAGACGCUCACAGCGCCGCCAACGCUCGCCAGCGCCUCCUCGCCCUUUGCCAGGGGCUCGGCCUGCACUGUCCUCCACGCUACGACCUGGGGUACUUCCUGUCCCACUUUAACUAGGUAUGAAGUCCUGGGAAUGAAGCACCUGGGGAUUGUUACAUACGGUGCAAUGUUUUAGAUGCUAUUCACAAACAGAAAUAUCUCCAUGACAGACAAGCAUAUGCUUUAUUCCUGCUUCAGUGUUUGUCCUCAAGAUUGAACCCAUCUGACAACAACCUUUGUCCAUCGCAGGUGUGUUGUGUGCAGAUGUGAUUUUGUACUAGGGUUAGUUUAGUUAACUUAGAGUUACAUCACAGGAAUGAAAAGAAAUACUCAUUAGUUCAAAACAUCUCAAAACUGCAGUUUCGAGGACUAAUUAUUUAGAUAGCAGAACCUUGAUUUUUCUCAGUUACAUUUUUGGGAUCAUCUCAGGAAUUAUAUGUUUCAAAAAAAUAAUCAGUGAUUGAGAGAAUGAUAAAUGUCUAUCUACACAUUUUCAGGAAUGAUGAGGGUUUUAAUAAAAAAAAAAAUGGAAAAACAUAGCAUAGCUAUUAGAAAAGAUUUACAUAAUCCUAUUACCAAUUUUGAAUCUUAACUUACCUAAAUGUACAGCCUUCAGCUUGAUUUGACCUUUACCCUGCUAUCUACUAGGCUGUAGCAUCAGCAGUCUACGUCAUAAUCAGGUCAUAGCAGUUCAUUUAGUCAGCACCCAAAGGCAGGGCAGGGUUGGAACAGAUGGGAAUGGAGAGUUAUAUUUCUCUUGGGGUCCCCCAGUAGUUCCAAGACAGUAUUAAAUAUAUUCCAGAGCUAGCACACCUGAAUCAACAUGUCUACUCUCUUGACUACUUGAUUAAAGUGAACAGGUUCAAGACUACAAGAAAGUUAUGAGAUAGCUGGGGGUUCCCAGGGUAUCUCUGGGAACUGGUGGGUUAAAGUAUUGGUAAAACAGGUUUAUAAAGGAAGAGCAGAAAAAUAUUUGUUAGGAAUCAAAGGGGGUUAAAAUAAAUCGGCGGAGAAGCUUGAACAGAUGUACAGAGGUGGCAAAAUUCAGAACAUUUCAAGGCUUGGCAACCUGCAAUUCAUAACUCUUUCUGAUAUAAGGUUAGAGGUCAAGUAAAAGUUAGUUUUUAUUGAACAAGCUUAAAUGAAAGGUUGCUUCCCCAAAAAUAAACAACUUGAAAGGGUAUGACAAUGGAGAUUGACUUCCCCCACGUAGAAACACUUACAAAUUUCCCCCUUUGAGUCGUUUGAGAUUUUACCAUUGCAAACAUGUUCACCCUGGAACAAACCUCAUCUGGCAGAGUAAUGUGGCAUUUGGAAUCUGGUGUCCGACAUACUCAGUAGGCUGGCGGGUGAAACUGAUACGGUGUCCUGGCCACCCUUCACCACCCCCCAGAAAAGGGUCAAAGUGGUCAAACGGUUGGGGAUUUCUUGCUUCUGUUUCUGUAUGUCUGAGUUCAGUGAGGUUCAAAAGUACAAACUAAAAGUCCCCUUGAUAUAUUUGAAAGUACACUCAAAGAACUGGAGAACAGCUUUAGAACAACUAAAGUGCUGUCAGUGCCCUUUUCCACUUCCAUAUACUUAGUGCCGGCCCUAGCCUUUUGGGGGCCCUAAGCAACAUUUGAUUUGGGGGCCCCCUCUACCAUAGCAGUCUGGGGCAACCUGGCAGUCGAGGGCCUUAAGCCAGCCCUGAAUUCUAAUUACUUUACUCAUACUUAAGGGGAUUUUUUUAAAUUGUAAAAUGAAAUUAUGCAUAUACGCAUAAUGUAUACAUACAUUUUAAUAGAGAUCUAAACUAGCUGAAGUGUGACAUUUUAAACAAAAUUACAAACCAAGGUAAUUGGCCCCAUAGACUAGAGUGAUUUACAUGAUAACAGGAUCAAUUCAGCCACUUCUCUAGACCACCUCUGUUGGGUAGUGAUUUGCAAAGCAAACGCUCAAUUGUGGGAACUUUAAAUUGAACUAAAGGUCGAAGGAGAAAAUACUCAGCUGUGGGUAUGGAUAUAAAAUGUAUUUUUCAGCCUCAACAGAGUAACAUUCUUUCUAAACCCAACUCAGCACAUCACCUAAAACACAGCAUCCCUACUGUGAGGGCUGGUGGUGGCAGCAUCCUGUUAUGGGGAUUCUUGCACGUCUGGAUAGAAGGGAAGGUUAUGGAGCCAUGUACAAAUAAGUUGUUGAGUAUAACCUGCUGUCCUCUGAAACAAAGCUGAAAAUGGAUGGAUGUUCACUUUUCAGCAUGACAACCAGCACACAUCCAAAUUAACAGUGGAGUGGUGAAGGAAUGCAAAGGUAAAUGUCCUUAUGUGGCCCAGUCACAUCCCCUAAUUAGCUUUUAUAUUAAGUAAAUGUGUUCAUGUUGUCAUAUUUGGUUUAAUGCUUUUUUGUUACAAUUUAGAUAAACACGUUUACAUUUACACAUUGUUCUACAAAAUGUUCACCAUGAAUAAAUUCACCACACAAUAAAUUCUUGUAAUUAACACAAAAGUGAUUUUUCUGUUACAUAAUGUUGAUAAUACCAUUAACAGGAAUAGGAAUACCCAAUAAUUUGCUCAAGAUCCAGCUAAUUCAGCUACUGUUUUAAUCAAAAUGACUAAUUCAAAUUUCCUGUGUUAAAUAUAAUAAACAUUCAAAUUUACACUUCUUA